CGCAGCCUCGGAGCAUGGGGGACGGGGAGCCGGAGAGGGGCGAGUACAGCCCCGACGAGGCGGGGGAGGAGGAUGAGGAGGAUGAUGAUGAUGAGGAGGAGGAAGCACUGUCGGAGCAGAAGGAGGAAGAGCAGGAGCCGGCCCCGUGUCCCCUGACAGAGGAAGUGCUGAAGGAGGGUCUCUCUCUCCUCUCUAAGACCGGCAACGGCCUGGCUCACGCUUAUGUGAAAUUUGAGGCCAAAUCCAAGAACUUAACAGAUAUCAGCCUCCUCGAAUGCUUCAUUCACCUGCGAUACGUGGAUUUAUCAGAGAACAAGCUACAAGAUUUGUCUCCCCUGAGCAGCCUAACCCACCUGCUUUGGUUGAAGGUAGACGGGAAUCUGCUUACCCGUGCCUGCAUGCAGGAGCUGCCCUACCUGCAGAUCAUCAGCUUUGCUCGCAACUGCAUCAAGGAUACGGAGGGCAUUACUCACCCCCGCUUAGCCAACCUCAGCCUGAAAGAAAAUAAAAUCCAGACAUUGCAGGGCCUGAGUCACGGCCAAUUGUUCAGCCUGCAAAUCCUGGAGCUGCGAGGAAACAUGCUAGAGAGCACAGCAGGGCUCAAUCUUCCCAAGCUCAAGAACCUCUAUCUGGCACAGAAUGCCAUUCGGAACCUUGAAGGCCUGGAGGGGCUUGAACAGCUGACUACUCUGCACCUGCGUGACAACCAGCUCGAGACCCUGGAUGGAUUCUGUAGCAGCAUGAAGUGCUUGCAGUACCUGAAUCUACGGAACAAUGGAAUCAGUAGCUUCCAGGAGGUGGCAAAACUGCAGGUCCUCCCCAUGCUGCAAGCACUGGUGCUGAUGGAAAAUCCAUGCUCUGAUGAACCUAAUUACCGGCUGGAGGUUCUGGUCCUGCUGCCACACCUGCAGCGCCUCGACAAGGAAUUAUUUGAGGAAGAUGAGCAGGCAGAGGCGAAUGAAAUCCGUCAGAAAAGGCAGGAAGAAGAAAAGGAAAUUGAAGGAUCUCUCGAGGGUAAUGUGGCAGAGUGACCCCAGGGUUUAAUACCACCUGUUCCCAGAGCCAGUCGAGAUUUGGAGAUGCCUUCCCCCAUCAUGUGCAGCUGGGAAAGAGAGAGCUGAUAUGUGCCAAAGCUACCUUCCCCUCAUUUUGUCCCUGGAGCAAGGAGGAGGGCGACCCACACUGGUCCUGGAAGCCACUCUGAGCUACUGCAGUGUUUUCACAGUCACUGCACUCAUAUGCUCUGUCCUCAGUAGGCUCGAGAAGGAAAAGGGGAAGGAGAGAGUUACAGGUUCUGUAGUUCAAUUUAUGGCUCCCCAAAAUCCUAAAAGAUUUACUGAUUUGAAUAAAAAUAAUUAAUGAG